AUGCGGGGGUCGGCGAAACCCGGGGCGCCCGGCUCGGCGCUCCCGGCCACCGGACCACAACACGGUCCCAGAUGGCAGGGACUUGUCAGGAAUGGCAGACCUGAUCGCGAUUCCAGGCGGAGGAUGCGUGGUGGCACUCAUCCCGCCGGGCUGAUGGACAGAAUUGGAUGCGCCGGAGGCGCGGGGAACGACGUGGGCCUCACGUACAAGGGUGCGGGCGUGGAUAUCGACGCUGGGACCGAGCUCGUGAGGCGGAUCAAGAAGAUGAAUCCCGACAUCGGGGGGUUCAGUGGUCUGGUGCCCUUCGGCGACUCUUAUCUUGUAGCUGGCACAGAUGGAGUGGGUACAAAGCUGCGCUUGGCGUUUGAGCUCAACAACCACAGCAGCAUUGGGAUUGACCUCGUUGCUAUGAGUGUGAAUGACAUCAUAACAACUGGUGCACAGCCUCUCUUUUUCUUGGAUUACUAUGCUACAGGGGUUCUGGAUGUUGAUGUUGCAGAACAGGUUGUUGCGGGCAUAGUUGAGGGCUGCAGGCAGUCAGGGUGUACAUUGCUUGGGGGAGAAACUGCAGAGAUGCCUGGAUUCUACAAGGUGGGGGAGUACGACGUUGCUGGGUUCGCUGUUGGUGCAGUGAAGAAAGAUUCUGUCAUAGAUGGAAAGAGCAUCGUUGCAGGGGAUGUCCUGCUGGGCAUCGCCUCCAGUGGUGUCCAUUCCAACGGAUUUUCGUUGGUGAGGAAAGUGCUCGAGGUCACCAAGACUUCCUUGUCAGAUCGUGUACCUUGGGGCAAAGGGACGUUCGGCAGCUGCCUGCUGGAGCCAACAAGGAUAUACGUGAAAGACGUUUUGAAAAUGCAUGAAGCUGUGGGCCUUAAGGGUGUCGUCCACAUAACUGGUGGUGGUUUUCAAGAGAAUCUGCCCCGUGUGAUUCCCGACGGCCUGGCGUGCCGCGUGGACACUUCGUCAUGGCGCGUUCCAGGCAUUUUCGAAUGGAUGCAAAAGGAACAUAUGCAGCUGCUGGCGAUUGGGCCUUUAUUAAACGUGGUCCGUGGUCUCUGCAGAACGGCAACAUUUCAGACGACGAGAUGUUUCGAACUUUCAACAUGGGUGUGGGCCUGGUUGCAGUUGUGGAUAGAGGCAGUGUUCAUGAGGCGUUGGGCCUUUCCACUGGGGCGUUUGUCCUGGGGGAAAUAG